AAUUUGGUUACCCCAUGUGACUCUACCCUCCCUAGCAACCGGGCCAAUUUGGUUGCUAAGGAGACCUGACUGGAGUCACUCAGCACGCCCUGGAUUAAAACUCAUGACUCCAGGUGUGAUAGUCAGUGUCAAUACUCGCUGAGAUACACAGACUCCAGAUGUUUCUUUUAAAAACGAGUCAGUUGGUAACCGAUCUGAACGUCAGCUACGACGAGGGCACCGACAGACUGUUCCUCGUGUCUCCUCUGGUCAUUGUACAUGAGACUGACGAGGACUCGCCGCUCUGGACGAUGAGCGGAUCUGGAGUCUGAUGACUUUGAGAUGGUCAGAUAUCACGUGGUCUCAGGAGAAGCGUGGACUCAAAGUGCUCUCCAAUCUCAUUUCUGUUAGGAGAAACAUCUGAGAUAUGAAACACUGCUGGUGAUUUUGCUCUCGCGGUGGCGAGUAAUUGAGUGACUGUCAUAGAACAUCUCCCUUCAGCUAUAAUCUAAAUCAAAUCAUUUAGUCAGUUGACAUAUACACCAGUGUCAUGAUGGAUGAUAAUCUUGAUGCUACUCCACAACACUGCAGGCGUGACAUGAACACAACGUACAGGAAACACAGUUACACGUCUGCACAGCGUUUACUAAAAGUGCAAUAAUCUCACUAAACACACUGGAAAGCAUAAACUCUGGAUGACUGUUAUCCAACAUCUGAUGCAAUCACAUUUUUAAGGGUGACUUUAUGAUACCAUCGUAAAUCUAAAUAUAAAAUGUUAAAUUCAAAUAUGAUCAUUUAGAGAACAUGCAGAUUACUGCCUGACUGAUAUCUGACUGUGUGUGUGUGUGUGUGAGUGUAUGUGUGUGUGUGUGCGUGUGUGUGUGUAUGUGUGAGUGUAAGUGUGCAUGUGUGUGUGUGUGUGUGUUGUGUGUGAGUGUGUUUGUAUGUGUGUGUGUGUAUGUAUGAGUGUGUGUGUGCAUGUGUGUGUGUGAAUGUGAGUGAGUGACUGUGUGUGAGUGUGUGUUGUGUGUGUGUGUGAGUGUGUAUGUAUGUGUCCGUGUAUGUAUGAGUGUGUGUUUGUGUGUGAAUGAGUGUGUGAGACCUAUUUUAACAGCUGCUUUGACCCAAUUGAAGCGUUUCCAAGCCAGAACAUGACACACUUUGUCCACUUCUAAUUCAUAUUCUCUUCAAGAACUGUUAAUCAAUAUUGAAAACACAUUUUUAAAUAUGCACAAUGUUCAGCACUGCAUUUGAUGAUUUUCUGUGUUCCUCUCUUUCCCUGCAGGGUUUGUGUUGUGUGUAUUGUGUCAGGAUGCCGAUCCUGAAUCUCUCUGCGUAGGCAAACGAAGCACUGUUCAGUCCUGUCAGCACACACACAUCACACACAGCAUGGGAACCAACAGAGCCAACAGGUACAGCAUUGUUUCUCCCGAUGAGGAGAGACUGAAGAGCUCUACCCUCGGCCUUCACAGCAGCCACAGUACGAGCCGUCUGCAAUCCCCCGCCAGCGCCAUGAGCGGUGAGAGGACGAGUGUGGCGAUGGGAAACAACUACAACGGGAAGAUCUCCACCUCUGGACGGGGUCAACUGAGGAGUCGCUUCGUAAAGAAAAAUGGGAAAUGCAACGUCGUCUUUUCCAAUAUGGACGACAAGCCGUGGCGGUACCUCGCGGACAUCUUUACCACCUGCGUGGACAUUCGUUGGAGGUACCUGCUGCUGAUCUUCUGCUCAACGUUCCUGGUGUCCUGGCUCAUCUUUGGCGUGAUCUUCUACUGCGUCUCGUUGGUUCACGGAGACUUUGAUAAGGAUCGUAGAGUUCAAAUCCCAUCUGGGCAACAUAAGGAGUGGAAACCGUGUUUGCUGCACGUUGAAGGCUUUGUUGGGGCUUUUCUGUUCUCCAUUGAGACCCAGACGACUAUUGGUUACGGCUGGCGCUGCGUCACUGAAGAGUGUCCCAUAGCGAUUGUGACUGUGGUGGUGCAGUCCAUUGUUGGAUGCAUAAUUGACUCCUUCAUGAUUGGCACCAUUAUGGCCAAAAUGGCACGACCAAAAAAGAGGAACCAGACGCUGCUUUUCUCCGAGAAUGCUGUGAUUGCGUUGAGGGACGGAAAACUAUGUUUGAUGUGGCGUGUGGGGAACCUGCGUCGGAGCCACAUCGUAGAAGCCCACAUUCGUGCGCAGCUCAUACGACCCCACAUCACGGCAGAGGGCGAGUUCAUUCCUCUCGAGCAGACUGAUCUGAACGUCGGCUACGAUGACGGCACCGACAGACUGUUCCUCGUGUCUCCUCUGGUCAUUGUACAUGAGAUUGACGAGGACUCACCGCUCUGGACGAUGAGCAGGGCGGAUCUGGAGUCGGAUGACUUUGAGAUUGUCGUGAUUCUUGAGGGAAUGGUUGAAGCGACAGCCAUGACCACGCAGGCACGAAGCUCGUAUCUUUCUCGAGAGAUCCUUUGGGGUCAUCACUUUGAGCCCGUUAUUUUCGAGGACUGUGACCACUAUCAGGUUGAUUACGCGCAUUUCCACAAAACCUAUGAAGUUUUGUCAACGCCCACCUGUAGCGCUAAUGAGCUGAGGGAAUUAGUUGGUCGUCGGUCAUCAGCAUCAUCAUGUUCUGUGACACCCAUCAGCCAGCGGACUCAAACCCUGCUGCCACCUCACUCGCCCAGCGCUUUCUGCUACGAGAACGAGGUGGCGCUGUGCUGUGGAGAGGAAGAUGAGGAGCGAUUGGAGGAAGGACGGUCAUAUUUGGCCAGCAUUCCCACAGACUUCCAGAAAAUGUUCCAGGAUACAGCCACAAUGACCUCUAGCAAUAACGUGCUGUGUGUGUUUGACAUGGACAACCAGAUGGAGUUUGACAUUUUACAGACUGCCAUACCGCUUGACCCAAUGACCUAUAAGAGCGAGUCUGAGAUAUGAUGGGAUGGAGAUGUUUCCAUGACAACCCCUCCAGAAUCCUAACAGAGUCCAGUUUGUGCUGAAGGAUUCCAAUGAUAAGACGCCUUGCCUGCUUUUACUCGUGUAGUCUUCCCAAUGGAGAAAGUAGGAGUGUUUCACCUCAAGGUACCCAUGACCCCUAAAGGUUGUGACCUGAUGUUAUGCCUCUUAAAUGGUCAUUUUCCUCUCAUGAGAUCACAUGAGGGGUCACAUCACAUGGCUUGUCCUAAAGGAAGAUGAGGUCACAGAUUAAAUGGACGAAACCUUCUUUGAAGCUGAUGAUGGUAAAUAAGAAAGAUACCAAGAAGACUUGGAUAAAAAUAAGCACAAAUGAACUCACCAAACAGAAGAAAGCU